AUGUUGACGAUGGCGAGCCUCCGUCGCCUCGGGCUCAGUGCCCUUGCUGCUGCAGCAUCUCUGUCUUCAUUUGCCAAUGCCGCCUCCAACGUCAGGUCUCUUGAGUCGAGACAGAGUGCGGCUGACAGACUCGUGUUUGCUCACUUUAUGAUUGGCAUUGUAGGAGACCGCACUUCUGCAUCGCAGUAUGACGCGGACUUCCAGCAGGCGAAAGCCGCGGGAAUCGAUGCCUUUGCCCUCAACAUCGGCACCGACUCGUAUACCGAUCAACAGCUGGAGUACGCCUACACGUCGGCUGCCAACAAUGGGAUGAAGGUCUUCAUCUCUUUCGACUUCAACUGGUGGAGCCCUAGUGAUGCGGCUGGAGUCGGAGCCAAGGUCGCGCAGUAUGCAGGCCACCCCGCCCAGCUCCAGGUUGACGGCCGUCCGUUUGUCUCUUCGUUCGCCGGUGACGGCCUUGAUGCCAAUGCCAUGAAGGCUGCCUCCGGCGUCAACCCCUACUUCGUUCCCAACUUCCAUCCCGGCCAGUCGAGCACCGAUGGCAUCGAUGGAGCCUUCAGCUGGCAGGCUUGGGACACCAACGGCAACAACAAGGCACCGACCCCUGGUGCCAACGUGACUAUUGCCGAUGGUGAUGCUUCUUACAAGGCCUGGCUGGGUGGCAAGACCUAUAUGGCGCCUGUUUCUCCAUGGUUUUCGACUCACUACGGCCCUGAGGUUAAUUACAGCAAGAAUUUUGUGUUCCCAUCCAAUGAGCAAAUCUAUACCAGAUGGCAGGAAGUUGUUCUGAGCGACUUCUCCAUGAUCGAAAUGAUCACCUGGAAUGAUUAUGGUGAGAGUCACUAUGUCGGGCCUCUGUCCAGCAUUCACGGAGACGACGGCGGCUCAAAGUGGGUCAACGACAUGCCCCACGACGGCUGGUUGACUCUUUCCAAGCCCUUCAUUGCUGCCUACAAGAACAAAGACACAAACGUGGCAAACUACAUUACGGAUGAGCAUGUCGUCUACUGGUACCGACGCAACCUCAAGACGCUCAACUGCGACGCGACUGAUACGACCGCCAACCAGCCUGCCAACAAUGCCAGCGGCAACUACUUUGAGGGAAUUCCCAACGGCUGGCAGACGAUGGAUGAUGACGUCUUUGUCGUCACUCUCUUGAAGUCUGCUGCCACUCUUACCGUCACCAGCGGAGGCAACUCGCAGUCCUUCAACGUCCCGGCCGGCGCAACCCUCAACACCGUGCCUGCUGGUCUCGGCAAGCAGAGCUUCGUCGUCAGCCGCAAUGGCCAGAACGUCCUGUCCGGAACCUCGCUGAUGGACAUCACCAACGUGUGCAACUGCGGCAUCUACAACUUCAACGCCUACGUCGGCGAGCUGCCCGCCGGACCGUCUGACCCUCUGGGCCACGACGGUCUGACCUCGCUGACCAACGGUCUGCAUGUGACCACCUGCUUGCCGCAGCCUUCCCUGGGCACGAAUCCUUCCGUCCCGGCCAGCCCGCCCGCCACCCCCACGAGCUCUGGUGGCCCCUCCAAGACGAGCAGCUCCGUCCCCGCGGAUCCCACCAACUGCAACGGCGGUGAGGUUGCUCCUGGCGAGUCUGGCAACUUUGCUGGUCUCUGCAGCUUCUCUUGCAACUACGGCUACUGCCCUGUCGGCCCGUGCGUCUGCACGAGCUUCGGCACGGCUCCCGCUCCUCCGGCCGGCGAUGGACGGGACGGAUGCCCCGUUGCUGGCGAGCCGUCCUCGUACUCUGGCCUCUGCAGCUUCACUUGCAGUCACGGAUACUGCCCUGAGGGAGCCUGCCAGUACUGCUAG